CGUGGCGGGAGCAGCUGCAGUCGCAGGGCUCCAUGGGCCGCAUAGUCACCGCGUCCACCCAGCCCCCUCCCCACGGUCCCAGCCGAGCUGCUGGGGGGCUCGGAGCACUGAGCAUGGGGUGGACCCGAGCUGCUCCGGCCGAGACCAGGCCGUGGCCGUGGCCGUGCCCGGCCUUUCCGUCCACGUUUAGAAACGCGAGCAGUGACUUGGAGGACGUCCCAGGUUCCUGGGCUGCAGAGACCCGCUCUCUCAUGGUCCCCGGGGCUGGAGGUCCAAAAUCAAGGUGUCGGCAGGGCCACGUUCCUCGCGGAAGGCCCUGGGGAGGCUCCCACCCGCCUCUUCCAGCUCCAUCACUCUGCGACGGUCCUCACGUGGCCUCCUCCUCUCUGCGUCUGUCCUCUGGCCUGUGCCUUGUGAGGACACUCGCGGUUAGAUCUGGGCUCCCCCGGACGACCCGGGACCACCUCACCUGGAGGUCCUUAACUUGACCAAUAAGGUGGUGCUCCCACACUCUGGGGUCAGGCGUGGACGCGUCUUCCGGGGCCUGAUCGGCCCCCGGCGGAUGGGCGAGGGUGCCCGCGGUUGUGUCCAUACGGGACGGGAUGGCGGCCGCUCAGCCCCGAGGAGAUUGGACAGGCUCGGGGACACGUGUGGCGCUCACACGCGGGCCCCCAAAACCCGUCCCAUUGGGUGCGCAGGUCUGGGAUGGGGGCGCCCGCCCGGCCGCGGGAGGCAGCCGGAGGGCGUGGCCCUUGUAGCCACCUCGACUCUAGCCCCGGAGUCGGCCGACCGCAGCCCCGAGCCACGGCGGGCCGCUUGCAGUAAAGUUGUAUCGGAACACGGCCACUCACUCGCGUGUUACUCUGUUGUCCUCACAGUCGGGCCACCGCGACGGACCUUGUGUGGCCCAUGAAGCCAAACGGUUACUGUCUGGUUCUUUACAGGAAGGUGUGCUGACCCUGCUUGUGGCUAUGUUCCUGGGAGCAUAACUCCCAGAACAAAGGAGGUGACAGUCUCGCUCUGCCGUGCAGGUCGGGCCGGGCCUAAAGUGACAGAUCACCCCGCACCAUCCUCAUGCGGGGCACCGGGGAUGUCACUGUGCACAAGCGGAAGGGGGCCUGCCUUCAAAGAGCUCACCCGCGGGGCUGGUGGGAGUGGGGACAGCAACCGGACAAGGCACAGACCCGGCUAGAAAAAGUGCUGUGAGGGACCGCGGAGCCUGCUGCAGGGACCGGGUGGCGGCUGCUUGUCGGACCAGGGACCGGGGCUGUGGGGGCCCCGGGAGGCGGGGCUGUCCCCUCACAUGUGCUACCUCCUCCCUGCAGCCCUCCCUGGCUCCCUUUGUCCCGUGCGGAGGCCCUUACCCAGGCUCUUUCUUGGCUCUGGGGCCUGACUUCUCUGGUGACACGUGAGGGGAUGUGUCUGCAAUGACACAUGUCCUUUGCAGCCCGUGUGCCUUAUUUCUCUGUGGCCCGGCUGUGAGCUUCCAAAGGGAGUGGGCCGAAGCCACAGCCUCUUCCCGGGCUGGUCCUGGGAAAGAACACACACCAGAAGGCUCAGGGGAGCACGUGGGUUUCUGUGGCUUCUGGGCUUUUCCCCCUCAAAACGGGAACGUGUUUGCUUUUUCCUGAUGUGAGCGUCUCAGACACGAAGGACGGGUUUGCAAGCGGGACGGGCAGCAGGCUCACGGUCCCCCUGACUUUGCGGCCGCUUCAUGCCGCAAGGACAGAGGUGCGUCGGGGGCUGACGCUGCCCUCGGCCCUGACCAGGGAGGUCUGUGGACCCCCGUGGGCCCUCGGAGGGGCCGUUGCUGUGGUUUGCCGGGCCUCGCACGGCAGGAAGCACGUGGCUCACAACCGUGACUUGUCCCCGAUUCGGCUGCAAUGAUCCGUGUGUGUCGAGUUCUUGCGGGAUGUGGUGGUCACGUGGGUUGGGGGGGGCCUACUCUCAGAGGCCAGAGUGGGAACAUCACUGCGCCCCUUCCACGGGGUCCCCACAGCUUCCUCCCCCACCCUCUCCGGCUCUCGCCAGGGGCCUGAUUCCUCCAGCUUUCUCGUGGGAUUUGGGGCAUCUCACACUGAAAGGUGCCUCGGCGUCACGUCGGGCCCCCGAGCCCUCCACCCUCACAGAAGAACGGGUGGCCGGGGCCCAGGCAGGUGGGGACGCUCUGUUAGGCAGGCCCGCGGGGGGCCCAGGGCCAUCUGAUCCUCUGUGGCGUGCCUGGACCGGUGCAGGUGGACUGCGUGGGCGCCGCGCCCAGGGCCGCGUGCGGCCUCAGCGGCUCUGGCUUGCUGUCCCGCUGGGAUGACGGGGCCGGCGACCAUGAUACUGAGGGAAAACGGGGACUCUAGGACCGAGGCGUGGCACCUGCCAGUCUUGCGGGCGGGCUGGCAUGGGGUCCGGCAGUGGGCCCGAGGGGGCAGUGGCUUCCUCCCCGAGGGCUGGAGUCCAGCGCACCCCCUGGAGGACGAGAGACCCAGGAGGUGCACGGGAAGGGGGCCCGUCCCCGCAGGCCUCGGGCCACAGCUCCCGUGGGCCCGGCGGCCCCUGAGGGUGGCCCCUGUGGGUCCCAGAGCCUGGGGCAGGGUGGGUGCCCUGGUGGGGGAUGGGGGUGGGCCCAAGUGUCCCGGGCCCACUUCUGCCCCUGUGGCCCGUGGGCCGUGCAGGGUGGGCGAGGCCCCUGGAAGAUGAAGAGACUGUGCCUCCUCUGGGCGGCUGGGUGGCUCGCUUGGGGUCGUACCUCAAAGCCGGGACUCUCCGGGCGGGGGACGCCGGGGGCUUGGGGCGUGGUGUUGCCGGCCCACCGUGCCUCGUCCGGCGCCCUCGCAGACUGCCUCCUGAUGCUGGCCUACAAGGACAAGUCUGAGCGAGCCAAGGGCCUGCGGGAGCGCAGCAGCCUGAUGCUGGAGGACAUCUGCGGCCUGGAGCCCGGCCUGCCCUACGAGGGCCUGGCCCACACGCUGGCCAUCGUCUGCCUGUCCCAGGCCGUCAUGCUGGGCUUCGACAGCCGCGAGGCCAUGUGCGCCUGGGAUGCUCGGAUCCGCUACGCGCUCGGUGAGGUGCACAGGUUCCAUGUGACGGUGGCUCCAGGCACCAAGCUGGAGAGCGGCCCCGCCACCCUUCACCUCUGCAACGACGUCCUCGUCGUGGCCAGGGACAUCCCUCCGGCUGUCGCGGGGCAGUGGAAGCUGUCUGACCUCCGGCGCUACGGGGCCGUGCCCAGCGGAUUCAUCUUCGAAGGCGGGACCAGGUGUGGGUACUGGGCCGGAGUCUUCUUCCUGUCCUCAGCCGAGGGAGAGCAGAUCAGCUUCCUGUUCGACUGCAUCGUCCGCGGCAUCUCCCCGACCAAGGGCCCCUUUGGGCUGCGGCCACUUCUCCCAGACCCGAGCCCUGGGGGGACCCCCACCGCGGAGGAGCGAGUGGCCCAGGAGGCCCUGGAGGCCCUGAAGCUGGAGAAGCGGCUCAGCCUCCUCUCCCAUGUGGUCCGGCCGGGGAGCGGAGGGGACGACCGCAGCCUGUCCAGCUCGUCCUCGGAGGCCAGCCACUCGGACGUCAGUGCCGGCAGCCGGCUCACGGCGUGGCCCGAGCAGUCCUCGUCCUCGGCCAGCACGUCGCAGGAGGGCCCAGGGCCGGCGGCCACCCAGGCCCCCGGGGAGGCCGCGCCGGGCGCCUCGAGGCCGCCACCCAAGCCCCUGCGGCCGCGGCAGCUGCAGGAGGUCGGCCGCCAGAGCUCGUCGGACAGCGGCAUCGCCACGGGCAGCCACUCCUCCUACUCGGGCAGCUUCUCGUCCUGCGCGGGCAGCAGCCUGGACGUGUGGCGCGCGGGCGACGAGUUCGGGUCCUCGCUCAGCCUGCCGCCCGCGGCCGGGGUGCCCGACCCCAGCCUGUGCGCCUGCCCGCCGGGGACGGCCGAGUACCAAGUGCCCGCUGCCCUGCGGCCACAUUAUGACACGCCACGCAGCCUGUGCCGGGACACCAGGGACCAGACCGCCACCGCACAAGGCAGCCCCGACGACGGAGGGGCCGGGGACUUGGGUGGCCAGGUGUCCGCGGGGUGUCCCUCCGGCUGGCUGGGCGCGAGGCGGCGGGGACAGGCGGCGGAGGCCCCGGGCAGCGAGGCCCCCGGCGGGGCCUGGGAAGCAGGCAGUCCCCACGCGGGGCUUCCUCCGGCUUUCUUUUCCACUUGUCCCGUCUGUGGAGGCCUCAAGGUAAACCCCCCUCCCUGAGAGCCGUGGCCCAGGCCCGCUGCUGCGGGGGGCUGGUUCGUCUCUCCCGACAGGAGGGGAGGGGGCGCCUUUGUGCUGCUGGCGGAGCCAGCCGCUGUGUGGCGCGGUGGGGAGGGCACAGCGGCGGCAACCCCAGAGCCUCCUCCUCUCUGGGCGUGAGGCCUGCAGGGGGGGGCCCACGGGACUGACCGGGAUGCGGCCGGAAGUACGUUCUGGAAAAGCGGGGCAGGCCGGGGGCUGGCAGAGUCCCAGAGCCCGAGGAUCAGGUGCUGGGGGCACAGGAGGGUGCUGUGUCCUAGGUGGCUCAAGCCGUGCCCUCGGGGUGAGCAAGGCUGGGGGCGCCCCUCGCUGGCCUGUGCCACUGCCUGCCUGCUGGACGGCCACUCUCACACCUCAGGUCCGUCCCCUCCAGUGCACAGCCACCCCGCCCGACAAAAGUUAGGUCCCCCUGCAGCCGCCGCAGACCCCCGGUUGCCGGGUCAGGAGCACGGCACGUCGUGCCUACGAGAGCUUUACCGAUCUGCCCCGCCCCGCCCCUCCUCUGCAAGGCAGCACCACUGCUGGCCCGUCCACCAGGGGAGGAAACUGAGGCUCAGGAGGUACAGGGGCUUGUAGGGUCUGGGUGUCCACGGCUCACCCGCCAGCCUUUCCCUGAAGCCGCAGCCUCCGGGGUGAGGGCUGGGCCGGGGG